CCACAUGGUUGGAAGAUUCGCGCGAAAGGGUAUCUCAAAACAAAUGUGUGACAGAGUUCUGAGCUUGCUAGCGAAGAAGGAAAAGUCAAUAACAUGUUCGCGUGUUAUUAAAAAGCUAAAGUAAAGUAGCUAGGCUAUUCAAUUCUGGACAGAGUGAAGUAGCUCAUACUCCACGAAGACUUUAUUUGUUGCAGGUGUCUGGCUUUUUUGCGGGAUAUGAUAGCUAGCAGCUAGCUGGCUAGAUUAUCUUGCUAACGUUAAUUCCAUUGUAACGCGGUAGCUAUUUAACAGUUCGAGACGACUGUUUUAUCUAAUUUAGGGGAGAAAAGCGCGAAGGUUGCCUCGAAAUUGCAACAAUUGUAUUUAGUUCGUUUGUUAAAAUACACUUGUAAGCAAACUAGCUAGCUAACUAGCAAAGGAAUGGCAGAAAGACCCGAGGACCUCAAUCUACCCAAUGCUGUCAUCACGCGCAUCAUCAAGGAGGCGCUACCAGAUGGGGUGAACGUGUCAAAAGAAGCCAGGCGAGCCAUAUCUCAAGCUGCCAGUGUAUUCGUCCUCUAUGCAACAUCUUGUGCAAACAACUUUGCCAUGAAAGCCAAACGGAAAACUCUAAACGCAACAGAUGUGAUGUCUGCGAUGGAGGAGAUGGAGUUUGAACGCUUCUUGCAGCCUCUACGUGAAUCUUUGGAGGCUUACAAGAAGGGCCAGAAGGGGAAGAAAGAGGCAUCGGAACAAAAACGCAAAGACGCAAAGGAGAAAAAGAACGACAAGAGCAGGGAGGAGGAAGAGGAGGAGGAAGAGCGCAUGGAGGAAGACCAGGAAGCAGAGAAUGAGGUUGAAGAGGAAGAAGUUGAGAAUUGAUAACUGACUUAUUUUUCAUGUAGUAGAGCACUGAUCAGAAUACAGAUGCGCAGUCUGAGGCUCUGUUUGAGUACUUGGAAAAUGCACACUAAUCAGUAAACAGAAGUCUCUUAAUUUUGACAAUUUAAAACACAAACAUGUUAAACCCGGCAACAGAUGCUCUUCUACACAGCUUUCACAGAUUCAGUUGUCAGAUCAGUGAUUAUUUAAAUGAAGGGUGCUUUUUCAAGGUAAACAAAUAGUGCCUUGGUAUUGAUUAAAUAGUUCUAUUCUGUUCUCUUCCAGCAACCGGCUCAAUGAAUAUAGGGAGUAGAAUUUAGACCAAGAAUUUAGACCAAUAACCAUCUCCAUCAGUUAUUUGCUGGAACAAAGCACAAUGUGAACCUGCUGUACUCUGACCAGAAAGGCCUUAUACCACUGUAUAAUUAUUGGUUUUUAAGACCAUUAUUGAUUUGUUGAUAUACUCAUUAUCCCACAGUAGAUUUGAUAGCAAUUAAGUUACUUAUGUUUGGUAGACUUGGUGUCGACUGACUCACUCUGUCCUCAAUAAACUCUGAAGGAUGCAACUUGUAGAUUUGUGUACCUGACAUCCAAAUAUUAGUGUUUGGCACAAACGAGAUCAGCCAUGCUUGACCUUAAAAGAAUGAUGCAGAGAAUGUAAAAAAUGUCCAUCCUUACAAGUUAGGCUAUGUGGUUGUUGGUCAUGACUCAAACUCGGGUUUUGAAAUUAAUGAUUUGGUCUGUCUGGAAUCUUGGAGAUGACAAACUAGGAUUAAGGCGUUCAAAAUCAGUCAUGCAAGUAACUAUCAUGUCCUUGUCAGGCUACAGAUGCUUACCAAAAGUGAGCUGUUAUUCAUAUGUUGUAGGUGAAUAACUUUUCUUUUGAACAGAAGGCCUCCAGUGAAGGCUUCAGGGGAUUAACUGUACUUUUGUAGCAUUGGAUACAUUUUGUUUUUCAAUAAAGAUUUUUGUAUAAAGAA